ACAGUUCGUCUGAUGAUAAUCCCCACCUGUACGGAUGAGGGAUUAUACAGAUGUUCCGUUACAGUGCCAGGUGUGACCAACCCACCCACAGCACUGGUCAAUGUCACGCUGCUAGAAAACCCGGAAGUAUUUUCCUUGACACAGCUUGGCGAGUUCCGCUGCAUGGCAGCUCUGGGGAACCCUGCUGGACGUCUCCAAUGGGUGAUGGUCAGACGCAAAGGAAACAGACUAAGAAACAUCACCAUGGGGGGCAUGACAUCACAGCAGGAGAGUAGUAACUACUGCUACCCUGUCAGCAAGAGCAUCCUUCAUGUUGACGUCACAGGCAAUGACGAAAAAAUCAUUUGCAAGGUUACCAGGGGAACGACAACAUCGUCCCGCGAGUUGGCCAUUUCGGUGCCAUUCCCUGUCAGGAACGUCAAAAUUUUCAGCAACAUUGGAGGCAAAGAAAUGGCAUAUUGGGUAAAAGACAUGGCUGCGUACAGUGGAGAUGCUGUAAUUCUGAAUUGCUCCGCCAAGGGGCGCCCCGCACCAGACUAUACAUGGCGCCUAUGGCGGGAAAAUGCGUGGGUCACGAUGAACACAUCCGGGCGGUCAGCGCUUGUCAUUGAUGGCAUCUCGAAAAACACAUCGGGAAAAUACAGCUGUACCGCAGAAAACAGGGUGGGCGGAGCAGUCCACAGCCAUUCAAAAGAAAUAUAUUUAUCUGUAAAAGGAAGACUAGAAGAUGUGACACAUGCCACGCCUAAGACCAAGACAUCUCCACAUACCAUCAUUAUGAUCAUUAUAUUUGUUGGGGUUGUCGUUGUUGUCACCACUGUCGGCGUCUGUGUAUUAAUAUACUGCACCAUGAUCAAGCGGAGGGCGAAAAGAAGACGAAAACCAAUCAGCAGUGUAGAACUAGAAUAUCAGCCUGUCGUCAGAAGACCUUCUCGUCGCUUCUCCAGCGAUCUCGUGCCCCCAAGGGCUCGAGAUGAUUUUAGAAUAUGAUCUGUGGGACAGUUAGCAGUACAAGCUGCUUCGUGUUGUCAGUGGAACCGUCUUUGACCACCGGCUGUGCUGAAACUUUAAACAUUCCCAUGAGAUGAGAUCCCAUUCAGAUAACAUUACGUGUGACACGUGGCGAACGUUAACGACAUGGAACAUGCAUGUAUUUUCGUUGGAAACUAUGUGAUAGAAGUUUGUUCGUUAGUUUGAUGUUGUUUUUUUUUUAUCAUAUUUGCAUGGAUAAGUGUGAUAUAUUGUUAUCCUCCUAAACUUGGCCUUUGUUAUAGUGACGUAUAAUUACGAGACAAUGUAUACAGUUGGGACUGUGUUAAAGUGACGUAUAAUUACGAGACAAUGUAUACAGUUGGGACUGUGUUAAAGUGACGUAUAAUUACGAGACAAUGUAUACAGUUGGGACUGUGUUAAAGUGACGUAUAAUUACGAGACAGGUUAUACAGUUGGGACUUUCUUAAAGUGACGUAUAAAUACGAGACAAUGUAUACAGCUUGGACUUUGUUAAAGUGACGUAUAAAUACGAGACAAUGUAUACAGCUUGGACUUUGUUAAAGUGACGUAUAAUUACGAGACAUUGUAUGCAGUUGGGACUUUGUUGAAGUGACAUAUGCUAUCGCCGGCUAAUGUGACGCAUAUAUUACUGUCAGGGUAUGCAAUAGCAGACAAUCAUUGACGUUAGGCACAUUUGCUAUGUUAAUUUAACCAUGAUUUAUUGUACUAACGCUGUCAGAUUUUGUAGAGUCUGAGGGACAUUUUUAGAAAUAUGUUUUUUGUACUUUGUUCACGAACAGCUUAAUGGAGCACGAUGAAAAUCUUCCUCUGUUGCUUGUCUUCCACUUCUGCAUGCUGAAAGCAAAUACUUUCAAAUUACAUACAGCAUAUUUGUACAUUGAUAACUCUUUAGGCAAGUUCCUAAUAUUGAUUGCUAGCUGGCUAGAUUCAUGCCCAUUAUAUAGAAGUUUGCAUCACUCACCAAGCCUCACAUUUUCAUCAGUCCAUACACAUGCGUACUAGACGAGUUUUGUGAUUGUGCGAUCUAUAUGUGUAAAAGUUUUCCGUAUUACUGGUGGGUUUCAAGUAAGAAUGGCUCUGGAAUCGAGAUUGUAUCCAUUCAAGCCCAUGAAGAAUAUUUAUUACAAAUUUAUUAUCAACACCCAUGUUAAUUUUGCCAUAUCACAUGCACGUCCAGGAGAACAUUUGUGCGCGCGGACGCUACAUUCACGCAUUCACAUAUAUUCACACAGAACAUUGCUUUCACUCACUCACGCGGAACGCUACAUUCACACAGGACAUUAACCUCACGCAUUUACACAUUCACAUUACAUUCAUACCAGGACGCUACAUUCACACAAGAACGAAACAUUCACACAUUCACACAACAAUAAUACAUUCACACACUCACGCUG